AUGAUUGACGAAUCAACUCCAAUCGAACAAAAUUAUGUUACUCAGCCUUGCUUCCCUUUCGACUUAACUUACCGUCCUGCUCUUCACCAUACUCACCAUGGAUUGAAAGCUCAAAAUCGCAUUAACCCAUCGGCUCAUCAUUUCCAACCUCCUCAACUUCAUCUUUCUUCUCCGUUUGACGUUUCUCUCAUCUCACGCCAUCCUCAAAAAUUGGGCUUACGUCGAAUGAAAAAGAGCGACAAUCUUGCUAGCCUUGCAAGAGCAGAAAUCAAUUCUUACCGUGAGAUUGUCAUGAGAAAUGACACCAACCCUUCUUUUCCGAAAUUCGCAGACUUUCCAAAAGAAAUCCGUCUCAAAAUUUGGGAAGAAUAUGCCAAUAACUUAACACCAAGAGACAUACCUGUUUGGCGUCUUAGGAAUCCAUUUGUUCAUUCAUCCACCAGUUGUUACAUCAAUAUCUAUGAUCAUAUCAGCAAACGUCUUCAAUUGAUUCCUCUCAGUAGUGGAUCAGUACGUCAUUAUGAUUUCAAGUGGGUUUGUCCACAACCAGAUAUUCUUUACAUCAAUUCUGAAGCGCGGAAAGUUGGUUUGAAUAUCUACACACAAGAGAGUUUGAAUGGUGCCUUUUGCUCCAAGAUGAAUUGGGAACUUGGUUCGGAAACUGGCCCAGCAACUAUCUAUCGUCACAUCAAUGGAUUGGAUCGACGCAUUGCUCUCAAUGCUUUUCUCUAUGAUUUGGAUCCAAAUCAACCAGUUCUUUCAAGUGACACUAUGCUGAUGUUGAUGAAGAGUUCUUCAACCGCUCGGGAAAGACGUGAACUUUAUGACAUCGAAGUGGCAAAAGCUUGGGCAGCAGUUAUACCAUCAACCGCUAUACCACCUCCUGGUAGAACACUUGGUCACUUCCAUCCAUUCCACGUCAAGGAGGUUACAAUCUACUAUCGCACCGAGAGUCUCAUGGGAGUAAAAGAAUUCAAAUGGACCAGCAUCUCCGAAAACCAUCUCCACGAUUACGAAGGCUAUCAGGCAAUGGUCAACAUGAAACGCGCCGUUAAAAUUGCUUACCAAUACUGGGAAUUACAACGUUAUCGCACUUGGGUACAUUACACCGGCCACAUGGAUCCUCAUACCACAGCUGAAUUGGUAGAGGAUCUCGACACACCAGAGUUCAAGAAACGAAUUGGAACGAUGAGUUAUCUCUUGUUGACGAUGACGAGAGAUAAUCCGGGUUUGCAGGAAAAGUAUAGGUCGAGAAUGGAAUAUAAGAUGGCGAAUCCGAGGAGAAUUUGGAAUGAGAGAAUGGAGGAGGUGUGGGAGGAGAGAGUACCGGUUUUGCCAAGGAUUCAGUUUGCGGUCUGUGGGAGGAAGGAGGGGGGAUUGAAGGGAGUGGUUAGACCGCCGGGGUUUAAGUUGUAG